AUGACAAACUUUUCAAUAUAUUUGGACAAUAAUUUACUCGGAAAAUAUAGAGCUGAUGUAGGAACUUUAUCAGAUAAAAAUAAAUUUCCUGAAUGGUUACAAUCUGCAUUAAAUUCCAUUAAUAUCAAUCCAUCAGAAGACAUACAAAUCUCAAACUAUCAAUUAUUUUGGAGCACUGCUAGAAAAGAUGAACUAGAACAAAAUUUAUUGAAACCUUUGGUUACUGAAAGAGACUAUCUUUUAUUUGCCGAUAGUUUUUUUAUUAACGAACCUUUCGUUUAUCUGUAUAAGAAAAAUAUUGAAUCUGAAAAAUUAGAAGAUAAUUCAUCAGAUGAGAUGGUUACCAUUUCUAGAAAUAUUUUAAAUGAAAUUUAUACAACUUUGAAGAAAUUAGAAGAUUUACAAUUAAAAAACAAUAAUACCACUGCAAAUGUGCUAUCUAAUGGUAUUAGUGAAGUUAAAGAUGUGCCACACUCAGAUCGUAUCCAUCGUGGAAUAAUAUGUGAUGGUUGUCAUCCAGGAGAUGCAAUGAAUGAUAGUUUUAUUGUUGGGACUAGAUACAAGUGUUUGGUAUGUAAGGAUCUUGACCUUUGCACCAAAUGUGAGAAUGAUGAUACAUUAACUAUUCCAGGUCAUAAAACGGAACAUCCUAUCAUGAAAAUGAAAUUACCAAUCGCUUCAAGAUGCAGUAGAAUUAAUAUUCAUCCUCCACGCAGUAAUGAAACUGUUUUAAAUAUUCCAGAAGAGAAAAAAGAAUUAUUUGAUUUUUUUAGCAAAGUACAGGAUACAUCUACUCUAUCUAAUAUUCAACAUGGGUUUGAAACUUAUCAACGUUGGUUAGAGAAAGUAGGCGGUAAAGAAUCAGAAAUUGAGAAAUUAUUAGAUGUACAUUCUAUUAUGCAACAAGAACUUCGUCAAGAAACUAUAAAAACAGAUAAUAAAACAAAUAUCUCUAGUACUGACUCUGAACGUGUGAUGAAAAAUAAUUUAAAAGGUCAACUUGAACCAUCUUUGAAAAUAGAUAAACAAGAGCAACAAAGUAAAAUUGAAAAGGAAAAUGAAAAAGAAGGAAAAUGUUUGGACAAUAAUAUGAAAGAUAAUAAUAGUAGCGUCUCUAAUGAUUUUCAAACUAUCACUUUAGAAGAUAAAGAAAUGUCAGACGAAAAAUUAGAAGAAUUGAACGAUUCUCAGGAGCUCCUUGAAGAUAAUUCAAGAGAUGCUAUUUCUGUGGCUUAUAGAAAGGAAGAUUUCACUUUUGUCUUUGACAUGAAAAAUGAAAGUUUACAUGAUAUUACCAAUUUGGAAAUAUUUGAAUUGAAAUUUAAUGAUUCCCCAAUUGAAUCAAUUAGUAUUAAAAAUCUUCCAUUACUUGCAAGAGGACAGAACAGCCAAGUUAUUAGGUUAUUCCCCAAGAAAAUCCCUCUGGACUGCAACUGGGGUAGAACAAAUUCUGAUGGUAAUUUACCAUCGAAUUUAAAAUUCAGUAUAAAACUAUUUGAUAGUAAUGGGGAGGUGGCUUAUUCAAUUAUUUCUAACACCAAGAGUUACUUUGAAUUAUCUCCAGAUUGUAAUUUUCUAGAUGACAGUACUGUUACCAAUAUAUCUGCAAACCAUUCAAUUACUUCUCUUGUUAAUGAAUGGGCAGAAUAUGAUUUACUAUCUGAUACUGAUUUAUCUUCAAAUUAA